AGCUCUGGGCUAGUAAAUCCUCUGCUCCACCGUGGAAGGUUUGUACAGGCUCUGAGUUGUCGAGGAAGGAACGACCAGCUGCGAAUUGCCAUGUCGAUGCUCAGAGGAGGAGGUGGGGAAGUAGAUGGAAACACAGACGUCAGAGGCCCGUUAAGGAUCAUGCUCGUCGACAAGAGCGCUAAGGCACCAUGCAGAGCUACCGAAGGAGCGGUGGGAUACGAUGUGUACAGUGCAGCUGCGACGGUGGUGAAGGGGAGGUCCUCUGCUGUUGUUGGCACUGGAGUCGCCGUCGCCAUCCCGCGCGGAUGCUACGGAAGGAUCGCACCUCGAUCAGGGUUGGCGGUCAAGAACUCGAUCGAUGUAGGAGCGGGGGUCAUCGACCCGGACUACAGGGGGGAAGUGAAAGUCUUGUUGUUCAACCAUGGCGAUGAAGACUUUGCGAUCGAACCCGGGAUGAGGAUAGCGCAAUUGAUCCUCGAGGUGUGCGCGACGCCUCCUGUUGCUGUGGUGGACAACCUGGACGAGACGGACAGAGGUUCCAUGGGGUUUGGAUCGACAGGGAUGCGGUGACGGCAUGAUCUCAAUGGCUGAUGGUGCUUGAGAAGGGUGUGAGGAUGACAGGAUGACGGUUGUGUUCAUGAUGGUCGCUACGUGAUUGAUGCUUUCCUGUUUGUAUGUGACAACCAGGUGCAAGCAUGCAGCGUGAAGUAAAUCCUACAAUCUCG